AUGUUGACAAUAUCUGAACAACAACAAGAAUCUAACAUAACAAAAAACCAUACAGUAACAAUCGUGAACGAUAAUCAUAUCGUUUCUCAUUAUCAUGGUGAAUUACGGUAUGAAUUAAAACUUGGUCGUAAUUUAUAUGUAAAAUUUCCUGAUAUUGAUGAAUACACUCAUUAUAUGGUAAAAGUUAUCUAUUUUAAUGAAAAUCUUGACUAUGUUCUUAUGCAAACAGAAUCGAUAUUACCACAGCCAAGAACGACAUUACCUCACGAUGGUGAUCAUGUUUUAUUACUUGCUUAUUCAUAUACUGAAAUCUCUAGAACGUUGUGUAUAACUAGUGGUAUUAUUUCUUCAACAAAGCAAGAUAAAUAUGGUCAUAUAAGAUCUGAUUGUGGUGCGAACAAAGGAGAUAGUGGUGGCGGCUGUUUUACAGCUUAA